GCAGCAACAUCAGCAGCACUAGCUCGGCAAGCGGGCGACACAAUGUCGUCCGGGCAAUGGUGGGACGAGAGCUGGCGUGCUCCGAGGCGUGGCCCUGCGUGGGAUCGGCGGCAGCAGGGCUUCCAGAGGCGGCAGGACGAGCGGAUGGAGCAGGUACGCCAGAUCGCGUCCCUCACCGAGCAGGUGAAGAACGAGACUGCCCGCGCGGUGCGUGCUGAGCAGAAAGUGGAGGCGUUUCGCAACCAGGUGGCGCAGCAGAACGCGGACAUCCACGCGAUGGCCACCGAGCUGACGGUGGGGAGGCUCAAGAUCGCGGAGCUGCAGAAGGAGCUCGACAAGGCAAACACGCCGAAGAGGGCGCGGAAGGAGCUCGACAAGGUGCCUCAGGCGGACACCUCGAAGAAGACGCGGAAGGAGAAGUAGACCUAGGCCUGUGGCCAUCUGAGGAGCAUUGGUGGCCCGUCGUCCAUUUUUUUGCAACAAUCUACGGGAGGCGUGAUGUUUGAUUGUGCAUUCACUGCA